AUGAAAUCGAUGGUGGUGUUCUUCGCUCUUUGCGCUGUGGCGUGCGGUUCCCUGGUGGCACAGCCCCCACACCUACCUGCCAUCGUGUUGGACCCCCGCGGUCGCCCACUCGACACCGCUGAGGUUAUCAACUCUCGUGCUCUUCAUCUACAAGCUAAAGCUCUUGAGGGUGGCUACGGACACGGUGCUGUCAUCGCACCCUACGCCCUAACUUCGGCCUACGGCUACAACGCUCCUCUGCUGGCUCACGCCGGCCUUGGCCACGCUGGCCUUGGCUACGCUGGUAACGGCCACUACCUGUACAAGCGCUCCUUGGGACACUACGCUGCACCAGCCGCCGCUGUAUCUCACCAAUCCCGUGUAGAUGUAAUCUCCAGACCCGCUGUGGUGUCACAUGCCGUGGCGCCUCUGGUGUCACAUGCCGUGGCGCCUGUGGUAUCUCACGCUCUCCCAGCUGCCGUCUCUCAUCAGUCCCGCGUUGACGUACACAGCAGCCCAGCCAUCAUCGCCCACUCCGCUAUUGCCCCCGCUGCCGUUGUUCCCGUAGCUCAGCAUGGUGUUUUAGCCAACAUCAACCAUGCCGCUGUCGCUCCUAUUGGCUACGCCGCCCCUUACAACUACGGCCAUGGCUACUACAACUCUGCCCCCUUGAUCCAAGCCUGGUAA